AUGGAGUGUUACUGCCGGUGCAACAACUGUGGCAAGGAAGGCCACUUUGGGAAGGACUAUCCCACCAUUGCUAGGGCAGUGACACGGCCUCCAGUUCAGACACCCCACCAGCAUCAGCAGAGGGACAGAGGCAACAAGCCUCAGGCGACGGGCAGGGUGUUCACCAUGACAGGGACGGAGGCGGCAAGCUCAGGUAACUUGGUUAUUGGUUAUUGUGUGAUCGCUGGUGCUAGUUGUUGUGUGUUAUAUGAUAAUGGAGCGACACACUCCUUUGUGUCAAAUGCUUGUAUGGAACGUUUGGGUCUGCUGGUGUGCGAGCUGCAGUGUGAGCUUGCGAUGUCUACUUCGGCGUCGGGUUUUGUCAAGACGUCGUCCUUAUGUGCUAGGUGUUCGGUGGAGGUAGAGGGACGCAGGUACAAGGUGAAUCUAAUCUGCUUACCUCUACAGGAGUUGGAGGGAGUGGUGAAGGAGAUUCAGAGUGGCGCACAAUGCUUCAUAAUCUUCGCUCAUAUGGAGGUAGAGAAGGAAGAAAUGUUAGUUAUACCGAUGGUGCACGAGUUUGUGGAUGUGUUCCCGGACGAGGUAUCGGGGUGGCCUCCCAAUAGUGAGGUGGAGUUCUCUAUCGAUCUAGUACCAGGAACCGACCUAGUAUCGAUGGCUCCAUACCGUAUGGCUCUAGCGGAGUAG